CCCGCCUCACUCCCGCCCCAGUCCGGCCCGGCUCUCCGGCUGCGCGCUCCAGGCUGGGUGCGAGCCAUGGGCAGCGGUAGCAGCCGGAGCAGCCGGAUCCCGAGGCGGCGGCGCAGCCCUGACAGGCGCCAGGCGGACCCGGGAGAGGCAACCUCGGAGGGCGGUACAGCUGACCAGGCCCUGAAGGCCGUGAGGCAGGAGGAGACCGGCCCCGAUUUCCGCCCCACGACGCCCCCCGGCGGCCGGGAGGAGACCCUGCGCCUGUUGGACCAGUUGCUGGCCGAGUCCGAAACCUGGGGGACCCAGGAGCCGACCCCACGAGGCCCCGCCCGGCUUUCACCCGCGGUGUCCCCAGAAAAGAAGACGAAGGACGACCCUGAAGAGAGCUGUACCCCUGAAGCCCCAAGCAGCAGCCACAAGAGACCCGAGGGGCAGUCGGCCAUCUCCUAUGAUUACUCCGAGGAGGAGCUGAUGGCGAGCAUCGAGCGGGAGUACUGCCGCUGAGCUGGCUGAGCAGUCUUGGUUACCUCUGGCCAGGCUUCGCAGGCCUGUGAGCUGGGCUCCUGUUAGAGGGUACCACCUUUUGCUCCACCUGUGACCUGUGAGCUGGGCUCCCGUCAGAGGGUACCACCUUGCUCCACCCAGGCCUGUGAGCUGGGCUCCCGUCAGAGGGUACCACCUUGCUCCACCCAGGCCUGUGAGCUGGGCUCCCGUCAGAGGGUACCACCUUGCUCCACCCAGGCCUGUGAGCUGGGCUCCCGUUAGAGGGUACCACCCUGCUCCACCCGUGGCCUGUGAGCUGGGCUCCCGAUAGAGGGUACCACCCUGCUCCACCCGUGGCCCAGCCAGAGCGAAACCACUUCUAGAAUACAGCUCUCUUUCCACGCUGGUCUCUAAAGAUUCGUGAUCAGAGUUCUGCCGCUGGCAGACCAAAACUAAGGGUAAGCAGGCCCUGGGCCACAGGUGUGGGGGCACUGGUGCCUCCUCCCACACAGGGGGAGCCUGGCUGUGUGGUUCCCCUGAAAUCUGAAUUGUUGGUCCUUUCUGCUUACUCACUUUCCAAGUGGGGAAGGGUCGGUGCUGGCAUCCCUUUAUGACAUGAGCUUGUGGUGGGAAGCAGAGCUCAUCGAUGCCCUCUCUGGGCCUCAGUUUCUCUCUGGGGGAGGGGGAGGUGGUAAUCCUGGAGGUUCUUUGAGACCUUUCAAGCCGUUAGUCUGGUAGCUCUACCGUCCAGCCUGUAAUCUCCCAGUUGCCAGUGUGCUUUGGCUGAGUGCAGAACCAUAUAGGAGCCGAGAGAGGGAACCCACACUGAGAUAGGGCUUCACAGCAACUGCUCUCCCUGGCUGGCAGCAACUGCUCUCUUUCGGCUGGCAGUCUGCCUGGGGGCUGUGAACCUCUUCUCCUCCUCCCUGCUUGGGUGGGAGGCAGUCAGGAUAAUGAUGCCAGAAGAGGUUUCAGACAUCCCCAGUGGACAGGUGGGGAAAUGCAGAGAGCCUAUGGGAAGGAGGGUAGGGCUUGUGUGGGCCCUGUAGGGCCUGGCGCUUGCUCAGGUGUCUGAGGAAGCACCCGCACAGCUGGCGAGGGUGCUGGCAGAAAGGCUUCAGAGAUCUGUGAGUGGCGGCACAUGCUUACAGGUCACAGCCACCAAGCCAAUGCUAGAGGAUUCCUGAGAAUGGAAGGCUACGUAGUAAAUUCAAGACUGGCCUGGACUAUGUCGUGAGAUUCUGUGUCAGAAAACAGAGUAGAGAACGUUGGAAUAGUAGUAGCUCUGGCCAAGGCCAGGCCAGAUCUCAGCUUCUGCUGCAUCCCCCUACCAAGACAGUGCUCUGCCCCAGUAUCCUUCCUCUGCUGAGAGCUGCUGCUGGCCCGCGAUCCGAUCGCUGGCCUGCGAACCUCAGAGCUCAACAUGGAGCAUCUCAGGAACCAAGGAAGAAUGGUCCCUAGGGCCGUCCCCACAUCCACAGUCCUUUGCUGUCACCUGAAAAUUAUUCCAUGAACUUUAGGACUUGACAAGAGUGCCUUUGAGUUUGCAGCUGGGAGACUUGUGCUAUAGUCAGAGCCCAGAGCCAUCGGGUGUCUACCAGUGGGCUGAGCAUCGGGUUAAAACCUCCCAGAGCUUCUCACUGAAGCUCAAAGCACUGCUUUUGAUACGAAGAUGGAAGUUGUUUCUAUUUUAAUAUUUUACCCUAAAUAUUACAAAUGCUUAUUUUAAAAGAGGUUAAAAUAUUACAUUUUUACCAAAGAAUGAAUCAGACUUUGAAGUUGAUGUGAAUAUUAACAGCUUUAUGUAUCAUGUUUGAGUGGGCACGUUCAUCUGAUUAAGAGAAAAUGGGGGCCGGGCAGUGGUGGCACACACCUUUAAUCCUAGUGCUCGGGAGGUAGAGGCAGGCAGAUCUCUCUGAGUUUGAGACCAGCCUCGUCUACAGAGGGAGUUCCAGGGCAGCCAGGACUGCACAGAAAAACAAAUAAAUGAACAAACAAACCUCCCUCAACUCCAAGGAUGUUCUGAACAGUGGCUAGCCAGAGCAAAGUGUGUGCCAACUGGAGAGCUGUGGUCCUGGGAAACUCAGGCUCUGGAGAGGCUGGUCCUGCCAGAAGUGGGCUUGGGUAUCACUAGAGCAGGAGUACUUCCUGCACUGUCCAAGUGUCAGGUACCCUCCAAUGUCCCAUAUUGCAUUGUUGCUUCACAGUUAGCUACCUACGUUAUUUCCCCAGCUACAUGCCCAGCUCUAGAGUGUGGGAUCUGCCUACGCACAGCAUGAGCUGACCCUGGCUCCCAUCACAGAAAGUCUAACCACAGAUGGUCACCAGCUCUGCAGGGGUUCUCCCCCAAGAUGUGCCAAGGCUGUGCUUGAGAAAACCCGAGCCCUUCAGAAAUCCGGGCAGAUUUUUCUGUACAUAUGGGCAGAACCUUGAGAAGCCCCCAGGCCUCGGCUCUUGUGUUCAUGGGUUCUUGGCUCAGCUCAGAAGGAACCUCCCGCACCAGCAGAGAUUGGCCAAAACUGCCUGGGACAAGCUUUUAGCACCCUCUUUUUUGGUGUUCCAUUUCCUAGAGGCACGUUUCCUGGAAUGAUGUCCAGGAGUCCCACCCACUCCUGGGGACUCUGGGAUUCAUGAAUGGAUGUCACUGCCCCCAUGAGAAAGCAUUCUGGAGACCAGGAGUCUAUCGGCAGUAGCCAGGACACCAGCUGUUGAGUGUCAGGAUCAUGGAGUAUUUUUCUUGUCAAGAAUUGUACAGAAAUAAAAUGUAGUAUUUUUUUUUAAGGGCUAAGGUGAUGGCUUGGCAGGUAAAAGCUCUUGAUGCCAAGCCUGACGACGUGAGCUCCACCCCCAGAGGGGCCAGUGGAAGGGAAGAGCCGACUGCUGCAGGUUGUCCUGAUGCCCACAUGCAUGGAUGGCAUGGCAUAAUGCACCCGCCACAGCAAUACACUUCCCCUAGAUGUGUAUGUAUAUAAUCUAUCUAUCUGUCUGUCUCUAUCUAAUCUAUUAUCUAUCUUUACCUAUAUCAUCUA